GUAAAAUGGGGCGAUGCUCACUACCUGGCAGGGCCACUGUGAAGAUUAGAUAUAGUCCUGCCCAAGGAGGUACGUCGUAAACUGUAGCAUCCUCUGUCAUUCCGUGUUGAUCAUAGCACCAGAUAAACUAUACUGGAAGUUUAUUUCUCUUACUUAUCUCCCCAAGGAUACUGGGAGUUUCUUGAACACAGGGAAGGGUUUCACUUGGUUUUGUUGUCCUCAGCAUGUGGCAGUUUCCGACACACAGUAGGGACUCUAUAACUGUGUGUUGGAUGAAUGGAUGGACAGACGGUAGAUGAUGAAUGGUUGGGUGGGUGGGUGGAUGGGUGAUGGAUGAUGGGUGGGUGAGUAGAUGGAAGGAUGGAGGCAUGGAUCAUGGAUGGAUCAUGGAUGGAUGGAUGAUAAAUGGAUAUAAAAGACCAAUCACCCUCACUUACUUUCCUUGCAAGGUCGUCCAUCUUUUUUUAUUCAAUGAUCAUUUAUUCAAUUCAAACCUGGUACCAUGUGAGGUCUAGUGGGCACGCAGAUGAAUAAGACAGAGCCCCUGCCCACAUGAACAUCAAAAUAAGGUGUUCAGGAGCAUAAACUCAGGGGCCCAGCUUUCUGGGUUCAAAUUCCAGCUCUUCCAUAGACUAGCUGUGCGACCAUGACACAUUCUCCUAACUUCCGCUCGAUUGCAUGGGGCUAAUGUCAGUAUCUAUCAGAUAGGGCUGUUGAGGGAAUUCAAUGAGCUACCGAACGUGAAGUGCUUGGAGGAGGGUCUGGCACCCAGCAAAGACUCUGGAUCGGCUGUCCUUAUACUAACGGAGGAGCUGGAAUGGAAGUGAGGAAAACCGUGCAGUGAGACCACACCAUGGGGCUCAGCGAUGGAGAAUGGCAGUUGGUGCUGAACGUCUGGGGCAAGGUGGAGGCUGACAUCCCGGGCCACGGGCAAGAGGUCCUCAUCAGGCUCUUUAAGGGUCACCCUGAGACCUUGGAGAAGUUUGACAAGUUCAAGCACCUGAAGUCAGAGGACGAGAUGAAGGCUUCCGAGGACCUGAAGAAGCAUGGUGCCACCGUGCUCACCGCCCUGGGGGGCAUCCUCAAGAAGAAGGGGCAGCAUGAGGCGGAGCUGAAGCCCCUGGCCCAGUCACACGCCACCAAGCACAAGAUCCCCGUCAAGUACCUGGAGUUCAUCUCGGAAGUCAUCAUCCAGGUCCUGCAGAGCAAGCACCCCGGGGACUUUGGUGCCGAUGCCCAGGGAGCCAUGAAGAAGGCCCUGGAGCUGUUCCGGAACGACAUCGCUGCCAAGUACAAGGAGCUGGGGUUCCAGGGCUAGGCCCCCGACGCCCCGCCCCCAUCCUCCUGGGCCCCGGGCUGCAGGGGGGCGUGGGCACCGAAUCUCACGUAGCCGCCUAUGUAGAGUUUGCUUCUGAGUGUCUGCUUCGUUUAUGAGAGGUGGCUGGGAGAGGCGGAGGGUCUUCGGAGUGGGGUGUUCAAGGUGGCUUCGCUCCCUAUGGAGAGGCAUCAGCUUGGGAACAGAGAGAAGCACGAUGGCGUUUAGGUCGCUGUGGCCUGUAGCGUUUGAGUCACACUGAAUCCUCCUCUCGUCUGAAUCCCAACCCAGUUCCUUCCCACCCCCAAACUGACCCACACCUGCACCCUCACCUUUAACCCCCGAUCCAGGCUGCAAACUCAGCCCCAGUCACAGUAAUUCUCUGAUUCAUCACUCGCUCCUUGAAGACAGCAGAAUGUCCCUUUGCAAUGGGAAGGAGGUCCGGGAAGGGCGGGACAGCCACACCCAGCCCAAGGGAGGCGUAGGGAGUCGGGAACAGGAGUGUGCCCUCUCCGCUGAGGGAGUGACUCCCCUGGCUCUAAUAAAACAUCUGCAACAUCA